AGCGCGGCGGCAGGUUACAGCCGUUGAGCUGCACACAGUCCGCCACAAGGGGAGUAGCGACCAGUCCGCAUCCCCCACCCCCGACCUCCUCCCAUAGAGAGAAAAAAAAACAGAGCGGCGCGCGCCAUGGGCCGCGCUCUCCCCUAGGCCGAUGCAGCGGCAGAGAUCGCGCCUGAGGUAACGGACCGGACCACACGCACCCGCACCGGAGAGGCGGCGGCCAUGGAAUUCCAGCAGUUCGUCGACAUCGCGGACAAGUGGUGCUACAACACCCCAUUCGAGCUGAUCGCCACCGAGGAGGCCGAGAGUCGCCUGGAUUUCUACGCGGACCCCGGUGUCUCCUUCUACGUCCUGUGCCCGGACAGCGACUUCAGGGAUAAUUUCCAUGUGUGGAGUGAAAGUGAAGACUGUCUACCGUUCCUACAGUUGGUACAAGAGUAUAUCUUAUCCUGUGGAAAGAAGACUCUCUCUGAAGUACUGGAAAAGGUCUUUAAAUCAUUCAAACCUUUGCUGGGUCUUCCUGAUGUAGAUGAUGAUGCAUUUGAAGAUUACAAUGCCGAUGUUGAAGAGGAGGAGCCUGAAGCAGACAGCCAGCAUAUGAGCGUCAGUCAACAGUAAAACAGCAGAGAAAAGUCAUCUUGUGUGAAGUUCAGUUGUUGAUGGAUGACCCACAUUCAUUCUCCCCAAUACCUGUGUGGCCCAUAUUUCUAUCAAGUUUGAAACUGCAUUCCUAAACCUUACCCAGUUUGUUCUAUAUAUCAUUUAACUGUUCAUCAUUUUGUCAAACUGUAAGGUGUGAAAGUUUUGUUAUCAGGCUACAUGUACUAAACUUUUUUUGAGGGGGAAAAUCCAUUGUUUGGAUUAACCUGUUAGGAUGUAUAGGGCUGCAUUAAUUUCAGGUUAGUUUUUUGUUAGUUGGGCCUUUUAUUUAAAAAAAGGAGGGGUUUUUAAAAAAAGGGAUUGGUGUAAUCCACAUUACAAUUAAUAUGGCUUUUGAACAAUACAGUGUGAUUGACCUCCUAAAAUGCUCCCAAAUCGCUACAAGGAUUGUUCACUGGGAAACAUAUUGUUAGUUUGGUACAUAGAUUAAAUAGAUGUUAGAGCACAGAAAUAGGCCAUUUGGCCCAACUGGCCUGUGCUGAUGUUUAUACCCCGCACUAGCCCCCUUCCACUUGACUUCAUCUAACCCUAUUUUGCAUAAUCUUCCAUCGCUUUUGGCAUAAUUUGAAUUUCAAAUACCUAGCUUGAUUAAAUAUUUUUAAAGAAUAUUGAUUGUGGUUAUUUAACUGAAGUCGCCCAACAAUGAAAUUGUUCCUAAGCAACCAGUUGUGGCAAGUCUGGAGAGUAACUGUUUUUAGUACAGGUUUUACUUUAAAUUCUAUCAGGUAGUUUUACAGUGAUUACUUCACUUAAAAUAUCCUUGAAGAUGCCAAUUAAAAUGCAACACUGAAUUAGAACUGACAUCUGCUUGCAUCAACUUGUUACAUUGUAAAAUCAAAAGAAUAUGCUGUUGUGUAGAAGCUUGAGGGCAUUAAAUACUGUUUUCUGCUACUGCUGUAUGUACUGCGGAUACUGUUUACUGUACUGCAUUAAUUAUUGCUUGGCUUUUAAUGCACUACAGUCUGUUGGCUACUUUACUGAUUACUUCCUAUGCAUCUUAGACAAAAUAUUUCCAGCUCUAACAUUCCCAGUUAUAGAUCAAAAAGCACAGACUUUAGCUCUCUGUUAAUGUGUGUUACUAGAAGGAGCUGUAAACUUGCUUUUAAGUUGGGGGAGGGGGGAAUUAGUAAUGUGCAUAUGAAAGAAUUUUAAAAAGAUGUACUACUCAUUGAAUAAUGAGUGGGUUAUUCAAAUGUUGUAAGUGGUAAAUUGUACUGUACCUGGCCUGUGGACCUCUUGUAUUAUAUCUGUGUGUAUACUGUAAAAUAGAAUACCUUGUGUAAUCCUAGGACAUUUGAGGUUGCAGAAAAUCUUAAGCAUUUAAAAAUUCCCUUUUAAUGAGCUGAUGAUUUGAAGCAGGUCGGAGCAUUCCUUUGCCUUGCGGUUGGCGAGUCUGUACCUUUGUUGACUUGGAUAAGUUAUGGCCAUGGACAAGAGUGUAAAUGUAAAUAUUCUAUUCUACAGUAUAUAUACUGUACAGAUAAUCAAAGUAAAAGCUUGGUCUGUACUUUGUGUGAGCAGUACCCAGUGUUUUAAUAUGUUAGGUGACAGCUGAGCAUCUGAUUUUGUUCAUCCUGAAGGACGGAGGAAGCAUCCUGUUAACAGCUGUUGAAUUGUCUCUUUCUUUUAAAUGCAUGGCUGGUUGAUACAGCAGGUAUUAUUUUAAUUUUGGUAGUUUAUAAAAAUUACUUUUUGUUGAUGUGUCAUGCUCUGUUACAACCUAAAACACUUCAUUUAUAGAUACCUCAAUGCUUUUGUUGACCUAGCAGUCUGGAUUUAAAAAUGGCUUAAAAACAAAUUGGACAGACAGAUUUCUCUAAUAUAAACUAGCCUCACUUUUUGAAAUUAUAUUAGAUUUAAUAAAAGAUAAUAGUAUUACAGAAAUUGGUUAUCUCUCCUUUUGGAUUGAUUUUAAAGCAUUACUUUUGUGCAUUUAGAUUGAAUUUGUAAAGCAAAUGUGUUUAUUUGUUUUUAAUAGUUAUGAAAGGUAACUUGGAUAGGUGAACAAAAGGAUACUGUACUUUAACAUGCUCAACACUAAACAUGCUGGAAAUAAAUUAUUUAAACGUU